AUGUUUGGAUUUCUUUAUGCUCGUGAUCAAAUUACUGGACAGAUGGAGGGUGACACAAAGGGAUCUGGAAAGGGCCACGAAGGAUCUUCCAGGAAAGACAAUCUUAAUGCACAGUUUGGCAUUCAAAAUCCAUACACACAAGGUCUCAACUAUGGAAACUCACAGUCACAGGUGCAAGGUCAACAACAUAUGAUGGUACCCAUGCAACGAACAGAGUAGGAACAUGCUAUUUUUAUCACAGUUAUGUUGUGGGGUUGUAAUAUUAAGAUUGUUCUUGAUAUCAUGUAUUCUUGUAGGAAACAUUUAUGUAGGCUUCAAUUAUUUAUAAAUGUUAAGAUCAAAACUUUAUUUGAU